AUCUACAAAUCUAACUGCAGCUGCAAAUCAAACUGAAACUAUAACUCUGCCUGCAUCUACAAAUCUAACUGCAGCUGCAAAUCAAACUGAAACUAUAACUAAGCCUGCAUCUACAAAUCUAACUGCAGCUGCAAAUCAAACUGCAACUAUAACUAAGCCUGCAUCUACAAAUCUAACUGCAGCUGCAAAUCAAACUGCAACUAUAACUAAGCCUGCAUCUACAAAUCUAACUGCAGCUGCAAAUCAAACUGCAAGUGCUGGUCAAACCUCAACUGCAAACCAAACUACAAAUACAACUUCUAGUUUUAAUCAAACUACGACUCCAGCAACAACAGUCUCUACACCAGCUGCAACAGUCUCCUCCGCUCCUAAUACUGCAUCACUUAACUUAGUGUUCAGACUUACUCAAACCUUCAAGCCAGUGUUCUCCGAUCUGAAUGCUCCUGAGACCCAACAGUUGGCGCAACAGAUCACCAACACGUUUACUCCAAUUUACAAGAAACGUUUUGCAAACUUAAACCGCAUGAUUAUUCUGGGCUUCAGGAGUGGCUCCGUUGUGACUGAUUCUGUGCUUGAGUUUAACAGCACAGCCGGCACUACUCCUAAUGUGACAGACGUGAAAGACACCUUUAUUUCAGCAGUUAAUUCUGGAAGUUUGAAUUUUACAGUUGAUAACACAUCCGUCAGCAUUGCCGUUAUCACACCAACCAGUGCUCCGACAACAGUCUCAUCUACAAAUCAGCCUGCAUCUACAAAUCAAACUGCAACUGCAAACCAAACUACAAAUACAACUUCUAGUUUUAAUCAAACUACGACUCCAGCAACAACAGUCUCUACACCAGCUGCAACAGUCUCCUCCGCUCCUAAUACUGCAUCACUUAACUUAGUGUUCAGACUUACUCAAACCUUCAAGCCAGUGUUCUCCGAUCUGAAUGCUCCUGAGACCCAACAGUUGGCGCAACAGAUCACCAACACGUUUACUCCAAUUUACAAGAAACGUUUUGCAAACUUAAACCGCAUGAUUAUUCGGAGCUUCAGGAGUGGCUCCGUUGUGACUGAUUCUGUGCUUGAGUUUAACAGCACAGCCGGCACUACUCCUAAUGUGACAGACGUGAAAGACACCUUUAUUUCAGCAGUUAAUUCUGGAAGUUUGAAUUUUACAGUUGAUAACACAUCCGUCAGCGUUGCCGAUAUCACACCAACCAGUGCUCCGACAACAGUCUCAUCUACAAAUCAGCCUGCAUCUACAAAUCAAACUGCAACUGCAAACCAAACUACAAAUACAACUUCUAGUUUUAAUCAAACUACGACUCCAGCAACAACAGUCUCUACACCAGCUGCAACAGUCUCCUCCGCUCCUAAUACUGCAUCAUUUAACUUAGUGUUCAGACUUACUCAAACCUUCAAGCCAGUGUUCUCCGAUCUGAAUGCUCCUGAGACCCAACAGUUGGCGCAACAGAUCACCAACACGUUUACUCCAAUUUACAAGAAACGUUUUGCAAACUUUCUCCGCAUGAUUAUUCGGAGCUUCAGGAGUGGCUCCGUUGUGACUGAUUCUGUGCUUGAGUUUAACACCACAGCCGGCACUACUCCUAAUGUGACAGACGUGAAAGACACCUUUAUUUCAGCAGUUAAUUCUGGAAGUUUGAAUUUUACAGUUGAUAACACAUCCGUCAGCGUUGCCGAUAUCACACCAACCAGUGCUCCGACAACAGUCUCUACGACAGCAGGCAGCAGUCGUUCUGAGUUCAAUAUGACCUUUAAAAUGAAUGAGGUCUUCACCAGUGAACUAUCAAAUAUCAGCUCUCCUCAAGCCGUAACUCUGGCAAAGAAUAUCACUACUCAGUUUGAUGGAGUUUUAAAGAAACGUUUUUCAAACUAUGUUGACAUGAACAUUUGGCGAUUCAGGAAUGGCUCUAUUUUUGUAGAUUCUCUAUUGGGAUUUAACAAAAGUAGCACAGGUCCUUCAGUGACAGAACUGUUUAACGCAAUCCUUGAAAGUGCUAAAAAUGGGUCAUUCACCUUCGGAGUCAGUUCACUAUCUGUUACAGACUCAUCAGGAAACACUGUUAACAGGUCUCCGGUCCUGGCUAGUAUGCUGACAGCUUUGUGGAUGACCCUAGCAUCACUCGUGGUGUCAGCUGUGAUGCACUAAACACAAUAAAUGAACGUUGCAUCUCUGAUCUUUUCACAUUCAGAAUCAGAAAGUCACAAAGCAAGACAAUCCAAGUUAUGAUCUAGCUGUAACAUUCACUAGUCUUUCUUGCCACAUAUAGAGCCAUGGUGAUACGUAUGGUAUGGUAUUUUGGUUUCUUUUGUUUACAAAAAGCAUGUUGUUUAUGUGUACGCUGAGCGGGAGAAAGAAUGAGGAUUGGUUCAUUGGAACCAAAUCUGAACAUUUCUUUAUGACACAGGAAUGGCAUAAGUGAAAGUUACCUAUAGAGCUAUUAUGUUGUAAUUCAAAAUUGAGAUUGUUUUGCUCUUCUGAAAAUGGAUUGAACCAUAAAAUAUUAUUAUAUAUAAUAAU